AUGAUGCCUUUGUUGGGGCUCCGCCCCCUCCUGGCAGUGGCCCUGGCUCUUACCAUCUGCAUCCUGCAAGUGUCUACUGGAGCCACGCCCUUCCCACAGGACCUGGAACCAAUCAGCAUUGUUGGGAGUGAACACUCCCACUUGUACCCCAGUUUCCAGGGCCUCACGCUUGACAACGACACAGAGCGGCUGGGCCUGGACUUCCAGAGAAUGCUCCGGAUAAACCACAUGUUGUACAUCGCAGCCAGAGAUCACGUGUUCGCCAUCAAUCUCAGCGUGGCGUCUGACCAGAUAGUUCCUCAACAGAAAUUAACAUGGAAGACAAAGGAUGUGGAGAAGUGCACUGUGAGGGGUAAAAACAGCGAUGAAUGCUACAACUACAUCAAAGUACUGGUGCCUCGGAACGAUGAGACCCUCUUUGCUUGCGGCACAAAUGCCUUUAACCCCACCUGCCGCAACUACAAGAUGUCCACGUUGGAGCAGGAUGGAGAGGAGGUGGUGGGACAGGCACGGUGUCCUUUCGAGUCACGCCAGUCCAACGUUGGCCUCUUCGCCGGUGGAGAUUUUUAUUCUGCCACUAUGACGGAUUUCUUGGCAAGUGAUGCGGUGAUUUACAGAAGUUUGGGGGAAAGUAGUCCAGUCCUUCGUACUGUGAAAUAUGACUCAAAGUGGCUUAGAGAACCUCAUUUUCUCCAUGCCAUCGAGUACGGGAACUACGUCUAUUUUUUCUUCAGUGAAAUCGCUGUGGAAUACACCACUCUUGGCAAAGUGGUGUUUUCCAGAGUGGCACGCGUCUGCAAGAACGACAACGGCGGUUCUCCGAGGGUUCUAGAGCGCUACUGGACGUCGUUCCUGAAGGCGCGACUCAACUGCUCGGUCCCGGGAGACUCCUUCUUUUACUUCGACGUGCUUCAGUCUCUGACCAACGUGAUCCAGAUUAAUCACAGGCCGGCCGUGCUGGGCGUGUUUACCACACAGGCCAACAGCAUCACCGGCUCGGCAGUGUGUGCGUUCUAUAUGGACGACAUCGAGAAGGUGUUCAACGGGAAAUUCAAAGAGCAGAGAAACAGCGAGUUGGCAUGGACACCAGUGCCUGAGGAGCAAGUGCCCAAACCCAGGCCUGGUUCCUGUGCAGGCGACGGACCCGCCGCGGCCUACAAGUCCUCCACCACCUUUCCCGACGAGAUGCUGACUUUCAUCAAAUCUUACCCGCUGAUGGAUGAGGCAGUGCCGUCCGUCAACGACCGCCCCUGCUUCACCCGCACCAACAGCAGGUUCAAGUUGACCCAGUUAGCAGUGGACACCUCUGCAGGACCCUAUAAGAACCACACCGUCUUGUUCUUGGGUUCUGAAAACGGCAGGGUUCUGAAAAUUCUAGCCAGUACUCACCCAAACGCUUCCUACAGCACACUACUUCUGGAAGAUAUCGAAGUAUACAACCCAUCAAAGUGCAACGUACGUGGAGAGGACAGGAGGAUUCUGGGAUUGGAGCUGGACAAAGACCAUCACUCCCUGUUCGUGGCCUUCUCCAGCUGCGUAAUUCGGGUGCCACUGAGUCGUUGUGCUGACUAUGGGUCUUGUAAAAAGAGCUGCCUGUCGUCCCAAGAUCCUUACUGCAUCUGGCUGAAGACUGGAAGCUGCGCCACGGUGACGCCUGGUGUCAAGAAUGGGUUUGAGCAGGAUGUUGAAAGCGGCUCUCACCAGUACCCAGACAGCUGCCACGAUAUCCUGGCAACUACACGAAAGCAGAACACUGCAGUGGAUUCAGCUUACGGAAAGACCACACCCACAACCACCAGCACAACCAAUCAGGCGGCAGAUCUGCCAAAGAUGCCGGGUGACUCGCAGAAAGGUACAGGUGCUGCUGGCCACCCUGCAGAGGGGGACGGGGGGGUCCGGGGCUCCCCGGCCACAGAGGCAAUCAAUGUGGAGAUGGAGGGAGUUCGACGCCCUCCCGAAAUGGAGAAGUCCAACCACAGUGUUCAUUACACCCUUCUGAUUGCAUGUGUUCUGGUGGCUUUCGUCUUGGGAGCGUUCCUCUCCGGAUUCCUGGUCUCCUGCUAUUGCAGCCACAGUGUGAAUAAAACCAAGAGGAUGGCCAAAGACCCUGAAGCACCCAUCCCUCACGCCUUAUCUCUACGCAGCUUAGCCAAGCUCAACGGUUUACUGGAGAACCAGGGCAAAGAGGAGAAACUGGAGGUCUCUUCACCAAAGCUGUACAAUUCCUUCUUCCCAGAUGGGAAGGAGCAUCCUCACAGGAGAAACGGCCACCACGGGGUCAUGGCUGAACUCAUCCAUCCUCAUCAUCAUCACCAUCAUCAUCAUCAUCACUCCUCAGAGAUGUCGGGCCUUCCAACGCCAGAUUCGACACCCGAGCUGCCCAUCAAGAGCAUGAAGGCCUUCAAGAACCAAUGGGAGAAGAACCAAAACUGCAACAAUGCCAAGGACCCCAAGCCGCAAAACGUGGCCAGCUCCAGACCUGGUUCAGGGAUCCAUCAACAGGUCUUCCCCUUCUCUCAUGGACUGUCCAAUGGGCAGUCCCUGAGUGGAAUGGCCCAUCCCGAAGAGCGAAAGAUCCACAAUUCGGACCGGAUGGUGAGCCAGCCUUAUGCCUGUUACCCGCACAAGGUGGUAGAUGUCACCUCCUUCGACGAUCUCCUGAAGCACAUUCAAGAAAUCAACAUUGCCACUGGAAAGAACACCACAGUCAUGACUUCCUCCAUGUCUGCGCACGGUGGUCAGAUGGCAUUCGCCAACCGCGUGCAGCCACUAAUUCCCGAAACCGAAUCUGCUCCGUACUACAGCUCUUCGACGUUACCUCGCGACAGCCUAACGCGACGGAUGGACGUCCCUCCCGACAUACCCAUGCCUCAGUCCACCCUGGAGAGAGUUUCCCGUCACCCCUCUCAGAGGCACUCGCUCAUUUCAGCCUCGAAGAUGCCUGGCGGAGGGGUGGUUCCACGGCAGCACAGUUUUAACCAUCGCAGUGCCCACCACCCGCUCUUGUCACAGACGAAUUCCACGGGAGGCAGCUCCGAUGUCCGCCACCCCUUGAUCCCUAACACUUACCUGACGCGCCAACACAGCUACAGCGAACAACCGGAGGUCCACCGAGGUGCCGUCGUCCGUCGGACGGCCUCCCUGAAGCCAGACGUCCCGCCCAAGCCUCUAUUCAUCCCCGCCACAUCCCCUGUCAAUCAACAAGGGAAGUUUAACUACUGA